UUUGGCUGUUUGUGUGGGUUAUGUUCACCAGCAGCCAAGGUCACUUGGUUGUGAGGACCAUUGUGCCGUACGCCAGGUUGAUAGCGGAUGUUGAUGGCGAGGAGGUACCGCAGUUCAAUUGGGCAUCUACUGUCCUUGCUGCGACGUAUCAGGCGCUCUACGAUGCGUGCACAAAGAAGGAGCCACUUGCCACUUUUGCUAGGUGCCCACUUCUUCUGCAGUUAUGGUCCUACGAGUGGUUCGCCAUAGGCUGGCCAGUGGUGGACCGCUCCCCGUACCCAGAGGAAUGGUACGGCGAGCCCGAGGAGGACGCGCCUACCAUGGCCUCGCUUUGGUGUCGUCGUCGGUUCGACAAGCUGCAUCCGGACGACGUGGUCUGGCAGCCGUACAGCUUCUUGGCUGUCCAAAGCCGUGCGGGUUUGGGUUUGUUGCCGUUGUGUACCCGAGACGAGGAGUACUAGCUUACGAAGGCACCGCUUAUCUUCGACAUCUACGUCGAGGAGUACUCACCGCACCGCGUCAUGCGGCAGUUUGGUCGUUACUAGGCAUUCCCUCUCGUUCACAUUCGUAUUGUUCCCGUGCACUUCCACAUGUACAUAUGUAGAAUUAAAAUUUUCGUAACAUUCAUCUUACUGUGAAUUAUAUUUAACAUGGUUCACUUCCA